AUGUCUGACGAUACAGUACCAAAACAGGUCAUCUACUGCGGAGUAUGCAGUCUACCACCUGAAUACUGCGAGUUUGGCGGCACAACAAAGAAGUGUGAAGAAUGGCUUGCGGAAGCGCACCCAGACCUUCACGCCAAGUUGUAUUCGGCAGAGGCAUUACAGCAGAAUAUGGCCUCGCUCUCUGUCGACGCCCAAAAACGCGCGGAAAAGGAUGCACAGAAGAAAGCUGCCAAAGCCGCGACCGCCGAAGCACGAGCAGCCGAGACACGCGCAUCUUCCAAGAUCCUCAUCAAGCGUAUCGAGCGUAACAAGCGAAAAUACGUGACUGCUGUACAAGGACUCGAAGCAUUCGGUCUCGACAUCAAGAAGGUGGCCAAGGACUUUGGCAAGAAAUUCGCGACCGGAUCAAGUGUGACCAAGAUUCCCGGUGGCGGCGAGGAAAUCACGGUACAGGGAGAUUUGAGCGAGGAUAUACUUGAGUUUUUGGUAGACAAGUAUGAUGAGGUGCCGGAGGACAAUGUGGAGUUGGUCGAGGAUAAGAAGAAGAAGAAGGCCGAGGGAGCUUGA